UUUUAGAUGGGUACCAAUUGGAGGGUGUUCAGAGGAAAGAAGUGGUCUAGAAAAACAUUUAAAAUGAAAGAUUGAAAGAAUUAGGAUUUCUUAGUAAAAAAAUAGGAUAUUCAGGUUGCAAAGAACUGCCUAGUCUCUCUGUUACUCAGUGAUGGGGUGAGGAAGGUAAGAUUUGGUCAUGGAGAAACUUCUUCCUUGUACUGAGGGCAGGGGAAUACUGGAUCAGAGAGCCUGAGAAAAACAAGUCUUGACAAAAAUCUUUUUGCUAUAGAGUUCCCAGAAAAUAAGUGUGUGUUUCAGAAACUGAAAAUCAGAAGUAGCUGCUGACAUAAAGAGUACUGAAGAUCAUUUCUUGAGGAAAAUUAUUUAAGAUGUGGUGAAGAGCCUGUAUUUUCCCCUGUGUGGUAUAUAGUGCCUUAAAAAAUGGGGUUUGGAGGUGACCUGAAGUAUUCUCAUGAUGCUUUAUUAAAACUGCAAGACUGGGAACUACGGCUGCUGGAAACCGUGAAGAAAUUUAUGGCAAUGCGAGUAAAAAGUGAUAAGGAGUAUGCCUCCACUUUACAGAAUCUUUGUAAUCAAGUAGAUAAAGAGAGCACUUGUCAAUUGGAUUACAUCAGCAAUGUGUCGAAGUCUUGGUUACUUGUGGUACAGCAAACAGAACAGCUGAGCAAAAUAAUGAAGACACAUGCAGAGGAUCUUAAUUCUGGGCCUUUGCAUAGGCUUACAAUGAUGAUCAAAGAUAAGCAGCAAGUUAAGAAGAGUUAUGUAGGUGUUCAUCAACAAAUUGAAGCUGAGAUGUAUAAGGUCACAAAGACAGAACUAGAAAAACUAAAAUCUAGCUAUAGACAACUAAUAAAGGAAGUAAAUUCUGCCAAAGAAAAGUAUAAAGAAGCUGUGGCUAAAGGAAAGGAGACUGAGAAAGCCAAAGAUCGAUGUGAUAAAGCCACUAUGAAGCUUCAUAUAUUGCAUAAUCAGUAUGUGUUGGCCCUGAAAGGAGCACAGUUACAUCAGCACCAGUAUUAUGAUACUACACUUCCUCUAUUACUUGAUUCACUACAGAAGAUGCAAGAAGAAAUGAUUAAAGCCCUAAAAGGAAUCUUGGAUGAGUAUAGCCAGAUCACCAGUCUUGUAACAGAAGAGAUUGUGAAUGUCCAUAAAGAGAUCCAGACCUCAGUUGAACAGAUAGACCCUAAUUCUGAGUAUAAUGACUUCAUAGAUACUCACAGGUCAGCAGAAGUUGUUGAACAGGAAAUAGAGUUUGAUACAUCUUUACUAGAAGAAAAUGAAAACCUUCAAGCUAAUGAGAUCAUGUGGAAUAAUCUGACAGCAGAAAGUUUGCAAGCCACGUUGAAAAUAGUAAUAGAUGAACUGAUGCAAACACAGCAAACCCUUCUAAGCAAAGAGGAACUUGUGUUGGAACUGGAGAAAAAAAUAGAAGAGUCCUCUAAGACUUGUGAAAAGAAGUCUGAUAUUGUACUCUUGCUGAGCCAAAAGCAAGCACUUGAAGAACUUAAGCAAACAGUUCAGCAAUUAAGAUGCUCUGAGGCAAAAUAUGCAGCCCAGAAAGAACUACUGGAACAAAAGGUUCAAGAGAAUGAUGGGAAAGAGCCACCACCUGUAGUGAAUUAUGAAGAAGAUGCCAGAUCAGUGACCUCUAUGGACAAGAAGGACAAAGUCUCAAGAUUUGACACCAUACGUCAUUCCAUAGCUGGAAUUAUAAGGUCUCCAAAAUCCAUGUUGGGCUCAUCGUCAUUCUUUGAUGUAAUAUCAACCACUGAGAAACCAUUGGCUGAGCAAGACUGGUAUCAUGGUGCAAUUCCAAGAAUAGAAGCCCAGGAGCUGUUAAAACAGCAAGGAGACUUCUUGGUGCGAGAGAGCCACGGGAAACCUGGUGAAUAUGUCCUUUCUGUGUUUUCAGAUGGACAACGGAGACACUUUAUCAUACAAUAUGCUGAUAAUCAGUAUCGUUUUGAAGGAACUGGGUUUCCAACUAUUCCUCAGCUUAUAGAACAUCAUUACACAACAAAGCAAGUUAUUACAAAGAAAUCAGGUGUUGUUCUGCUGAAUCCCGUUGUUAAGGAUAAGAAGUGGGUUCUUAAUCAUGAAGAUGUCACACUGGGAGAAUUACUGGGCAAAGGUAAUUUUGGUGAGGUGUAUAAGGGAACAUUAAAGGAUAAAACACCUGUUGCUGUAAAAACUUGUAAAGAAGAUCUUCCUCAGGAGUUGAAAAUAAAAUUUCUGUCAGAAGCCAGAAUACUCAAACAGUAUGAUCAUCCUAAUAUUGUAAAACUUAUAGGAGUUUGCACACAACGACAGCCUAUUUAUAUUGUUAUGGAACUUGUUCCAGGAGGUGAUUUCCUGUCCUUUUUAAGAAAAAAAAAGGAUGAGCUAAAAACCAAACAGCUGGUGAAAUUUUCGUUAGAUGCUGCUUCUGGUAUGGCCUAUCUUGAAUCAAAAAAUUGUAUACAUAGAGACCUGGCUGCAAGGAAUUGCUUGGUAGGCGAAAGCAACAUUUUGAAAAUAAGUGAUUUUGGAAUGUCACGGCAAGAGGAUGAUGGUGUGUACUCCUCAUCAGGCCUAAAACAGAUUCCUAUCAAGUGGACUGCUCCAGAAGCUCUCAACUAUGGAAGAUACACAUCUGAGAGUGAUGUGUGGAGCUUUGGAAUCCUUUUGUGGGAGACCUUCAGUUUAGGAGUAUGUCCAUACCCUGGAAUGACCAAUCAACAAGCACGAGAACAAGUCGAGAAAGGCUACCGAAUGUCAGCACCGCAAAAAUGUCCAGAAGAAAUAUAUAAAAUAAUGCAGAGGUGCUGGGACUACAAACCAGAAAACCGGCCAAAAUUCAAUGAGAUUCAGAAAGAGCUGUCUUCAAUCAAAAAGAAAGUGACAUAGUGAUAAACAAGUGCCAAACUCAAUGUGUGGGACUUUACUUUCCAGUGAAGUAAUCUUUUCCCCUCACACACUAUGCUUUUAUACAACAUUAUUUGCAAUAUUCUUCUAGGAUUACUUUGAAAUUAAGGGGAUUUUUUAUAUACAUGUGUAGCAUUUUGAAUGAUGUCUACACCUCCAUUAAAGACAUAUACUGCGAAAUGCUAUAUAUCCAGUCACAGUAAUACUGUCAUUUAGGUUACAUGUAAAUAGGAAAGCACAUACUAUAGAUUUAAGGAACUGUGGCUUCUAUCUGUUUUACAGCAAGUAACUGCUAGUGACAUUUUUCAGAGGUUUUCUAUUUUAAGCUGUGUUCUCACUCCGCUAUCCCUGUCCUGUAUGUCAACACCAGCAGCACUCUGAUGUGAUGACUGUCAUACAUGUUGGCCUUAAAAAUGAAGACAGUUUUGACAAGUAUUUCAACUAGAAAUUUAUAUAUUUUUUAAAUUCUUUCUGCAACUGGUAUUUUUAAGUGAUACUUCAUAUUAAGGAUGAAGGUCAGUUAGAUUCUGGAUGCAAAUGUGCUUACUGUACAGUGAAUUCCAGAAUUUCCUUUCAUAGAAAAUUGAGUUACUUGUGGAUUUCUUACCAUACUGUAGUAAAUACUUCUGGCUUUUGAUGUGGUUCACUUAAGCCACACCUUUUCUUCCUACAAAGCCUUCAGAGUUCAGUAAUGUAUCUCUUUUACAGUGACUUAUGUUUAUUUAAGAAACAAAAUAUACAAUAUCAAGUCUUGACUACACAUGAUAAGGAAUACUACAAAACAUCUGCCUUCCAAAGAAUUUGUAAAAGAGGUAGGCCAACAUAAAAAGGAUUACUAACAGCAGGUAAUGAAUAUCAUUGAUCUUAGAGGAGUUAAAGAAUGUGAACUGUUAUAUAUGCUUUUGAACCUUAUUUUGUUUGUUAAAUUGGAAAUAAUUCUCAGAAUGCAGCUGGAGCCUACGAAAGUUUAUGAUAAUAAAAAUUACAUUCCAUGCAUAGCAUCCAAAGGAAAAUACUAUUUUGGUAUGGCAUAAGGAAAUUUUUGAAGAAACCAAAAUAAAUAAGUGGGUUUUUUAAAGCCUCUGAUCAGCUGAAAAAGGCAGAAUAGAAAAACUAACAUACUAACUUUUAUAAAUCAUUGCAAUCAGAUUUCAAAAGACUGGGGGCAAGAAAGUUUUAAAGUCCACCAGGAAGAAAAACCUUGUGUAGAUGCAUAUAUAUAUAUAUAAAUCCUGCCAGAAAGAAUGAAAACUUACUAAAUAGGGGAGGCGGGGUAGGAGGGAAGGCAGUUUAUUACUCUGGGUCCUCUUUGCAGCUGGAAUUAUUUUCUGGGGCCAAACACAGAAAUAGGAACAAGUUAGAGUAUCCUGAUCUGAGUUCCAGAGUUAAGGUGCUUUAAGUUUUUCUAAGAAUUAACUAAAUUUUUUCAGAUCAAAGGAUGUCAGUUGCUGCUAAUGCAAGUAAGAAACAGGGACUGUAUGUAGCACAGCAUCUGAAAUGUUAAUUAGCCCUAUAUUUUAUUGUUACAGUGGGAUUGACAUGUAGUGAAGUCAGUGGCUACAUUAUGUUUUUAUGUCUGUUCAGGUAACUUUUCUAUUGUCUACAACAUUUUUGCUCUCUGAAGUGUGUUUAUAGUAGUACUGAGUGGUAAUGUGAAGGGGAUAUGUAUGACCAAAAUACAUGUAGUCUAGAAGAGUUUGUUACGUUUCAGUUAGUGUCCAAGUAAAACAAUGAAUGAUGGUGCUGGAGCACAUCACCUGCAUUUGAGGUGAAACUGUCAGUAUCCAAGUAUAAGGAAUGGUGAGUGUGCUUCUUGCAUUUCUUAAGCGGUUUUUUUUCUUGGAGCUAAGGAAGCAUAUACAUACCUAUGAAUGUAUAGUGCUUGGAAAACUUGGUGGCAUGAAGUUCAACUUCCUUAUAAGCAUACUGCAUAUUUUUACUUAGUUCUGUACUUCCAAGUAGCCCAAAGACGUUUUUCAAGAGCAAUGGGAAACAUUCUUGUUAUUUGUAUGCUUUUAAGUAGUACACAAAGUUUGUGCCUUAAUUUGUUAGUAUGCUAAUGCAAAUACAGGUGUACUAAGGUUUAAGGAAUGUUCCACAAUCAUUUGGAAAAAUCCAGGAUUCAUACAAAUGUAGCUCCUUAUGUAUCCAUCACUGAAGUCUGCAAGUAAGGAUAAUGGUGUCUCCUCUGUCACCAUUCAUAGCUUCUCUGGAGAGUUCGUAUUCUUCUUCUAUGAAAGGGAUGAACUUUUUCUUUGCUAUAUGCCUUACUGACAGUAAAGAAAUACUGGUUUAUUUUUAUAAAAUACAAUACUGUUUUAUUUGUCUUAAAUUAACCAGUCACCAUCAUGACUCUGACAUAAAGAUAAAAAUUGUACUCAUAUGUUCUGAAAUAUUUAACAUUUGUAAUUCAUAUCACACUUCUGUUUAAAUUUAAAGACUUUUUAAAACAUGGAAUUUCUACAGCAGCAAUAAAAUUUAUUAUUAUUUCUGAAGUAGGCAUCAGUUCAGUUAAAAAAUAAUAACUCUUUGGGAGAAUACCAGAAUGAGUUUAUAGUUACAGAAUAAAUUUAAACACAGGUGCAUGUCACUUCAAUUAUUUAAACUGUUUUCUUUUCAUUAAUUUGGCAGUUUGUGGCAGAACUUGUUCAUCAUCUCUCCCUUGUAGUUAUUGCAAUUACACAAUUUAGAAAAUGGAAUUCAUACCUAUAGAUACUGUUUUUAAAUGUUUGUAAACUUCUCACAGGGGAAUUCACAAACAAAACUGUCACACAAUGAAAUUUAAAAGAAAGAACCAAAGCCACCAUGUCUGCUGUCUGUGGACUUUUGAUGACUUCAUCUUGCAUUAUUUGUAAGUUAGCCAGAUCCAGAUACUAGUCAUUUGGCUUAUAUACUGUGUUUAUCCUAGAGAACUUAAAAAAAAGUUAAGAACUAGACUCUUUUGCAAGUGUAGUGUUUCAUGUAGGUUAUUACACUGGCACUGUCUCAACCAGGGGGAGCCUGAAUUUUUUACGCUGUUGAAUAGGAGAAACUCUGAAUACUGUAAAUACCUCAGCCUCUUACAAGAGAUGGAAUUCAACAGCUUAUCAGUUUUUUUCUUAUUUUUCCAAGGAAUUGCAUUCAUCAUUUUAAAGAAGAUUGUUUUAAGUGCAAUAAAUGCAUCCUUAAUUUGUUUUCAGUAAAAAUGAAGUACACGUUAGCUUCAUAGUCAGUCAUCAGUGAAAUAAUGAGGAUUCCUAAGCAUCUCAAUGUUAUGGAAAGUAAAAUAGUUUUGUCUGAAAACAAACCUUUCUUCAGCAGACUUUGAUCUUGUAAAGUCAGCAUCCCAAGACAUUUUCUUGGAAAUGUUCUUCUGAGUUUCUGAUUGAAUCAAUGAACUACUUUUUCAAUUAGCAACUACAGUUAUAUUUCAUUUCUUCAUAACAAAAAUCUGCCUUUUUGUACAGUUGCCUAGUAUUUUUAUUGGAAGUGGUUAUUGGAACAUGCAUCACCAGACAGAUAUCAGUAAGAACUGCAAUUUAUAAAGUAAGCCUGAUCUUAUUGAAGAGAAACAGAAAACUGGGUAAGGAAAUAUUAAGUUAUUAAUCUUGAAUGUUUUUUCAUCCACGUCUUUGACCAGCUUUUACACUUACACAUAUCCUACAAGCGCAUCACUAAAGCUUACUGUACCUCACUAAAACUGACUUUGAAGUUAUCCAUUUGUUAUCUCUUAUAACUAUUUUUUUAUGCCUUUUGCACCCAUUGUAGAGAUACUGAAGAAAAAUAAAACCACUUUCCUGAAGUGACAGCGUAACCAACUCUCAAAAGCAUUUAAAAAUUAUCUCCCCCCUUCCCAGGUGUGCUGCUGCAUGGAUAUUAACAAUAGUAAUUAACUACUAAUCCUGUUUCCAUUAUUCUUGCUGUCAUCUCCUCUAAAGGGCAGUGCCACUGAUGCACUUGAAACAGUGAAGUCUUCGAAGAGACGAGUUAGUGUGUAAACAGUGUCAUCAAAGAUGGUAUUCAAGAGCAGUAGUUCUGAAAAUGGCUGGUUGUCACAAGUCAUGGUAACUCAUUCUAAGUAUGGAAUAAAAAGAAGCAGGCUAAUUGAGAUAAUCCACUCUCUAUAAUAGCUGUCCCGUUUGUAGGCAAUAGAAAUGUUUGUUAUGCCAGUGCAUUUGGAUUUGUGACAUCUUUAUGACUGAGCAUAAAAUAGCUUGCUAUUAAGAGUCUACCAAUUUUUUUUUUCUUAAGUACUCUUGCUAGGCAAGUCAGGGUAUGUGGAAGGAAUAGUAUGAAGGGAAUAAUUCCUCUACUGCCAACCAAGGUACAUAUUUUUUUCUUCUUAGAAUCAUAUUCAUGCAGUCCAUCACUUUCAGGAAUAUGGGACUUCAAUUAGUAAUUAGAAAAUAAAGGCCAAGUCCAGUAUUCCUGAAGUUCCAGACAACCAUGAGUUUUUAAGAGUGAUGUCUUCUUCUGGUUUUCUUCUGCCAGUUUACUGUGAGAAUAGAAGUGCUUAAACAAUCAUCAGUAGCAACUUAGAAGAAAAUGCAUCAGUCUCAGAAACUUAUCAAGCUUCUUUAAGAGUAACUUCAGUAAAGCAUGUUUUUUGUAAUCUUGUACUAGAAUUCCCCUAAGAUAGCUUUCCUUUCUAAAAAAAAAUGAAUCAAAACAAACAAGCAAACUGAAACCUCCAAGUUUAAACAGAAGAAUCCUUUUACUUGUCACAUUCUGAACAGUUUUUCAAGUAUUGCUACAGAUUCUUUCGUAAAGCUGACAAUGCACCUGUGAUUUCCAGUUCUUACAUACUUUUCAGCUUUGUGUAUUAAUGCAUUAUUAACAACCAACUUUACUGUCAGACCAAGGAAGGGAAGACUCUCUCAUUGAAAAGUACAGCAAGUUCUGCCUGGUAACUCACACAUUUUCCUUAACUUCCACAUUCAGUUAUCUGGGUCUUGUUGUUCAUUAUAAUAAGCACCAUAUAUAACAGGAGCUAGAGGCUACAUAUUGUCUUUAAAUGAGCAGCUAAUCCCCCAAAAUUUCACACCCUUGACUCUAGAAGCCAGUUUGUUUUUGGUACUCUGUCAAAUAAGCAAAACUAAUUUCUGUAUUUCAGCCUUACUACUAAUCCAUAAAACAGGAUGGUUCAGAGAUUUAUUUACUGUUCUCUCUAGGGGAAUGAUACCUCCACCAAUAACCAUAAGUUACCCCUGUGUGUCCGUUAUGUCCCUGUGUCUCUUUGACCUAAAAUUCUAACCGAAGUGUACGUCCAGGUGUGGAAACUGGGUGUUAAAACGGACUUGUUUCAUUUUCAGGAAGUUGUACAUUAUUAGCUGUUUGAGAACACCUUUUUCUCAGACAUCAUAUAGGCAGAACUUAAAUUAGAAUUUUCAGAUGGUUUGGAGGUUGUUUUUGUGUGAGAUGAAGGACUAUUUAGAUUGCUGGCUACAUGCAUGGUUAUUUGGCAUCUGUUUCAGAUGUAUGAGGGAGUAGUCCAGUUACAGAUCUGAGAUAACAUAUGCCUUCUCUGAAUCAAAAACUUACAAGAAAAUUGAUGAAAAGGGGCCUCAAAUAUAGUUGACUGAGGUCAUAAAGUGAAAACAUAGAAGAGCCAUGAAACACAUUCUUUCUUCCUCGGUCCUCCCAGAACUGAAUGUUUUGUAGAUAAAACUCGCAAUGACUGGCUUUGUGUUAGUAGGUAAAUAGGACCUGUGAACCGGUAUGAUGACAUAGAACUCACAUUGCUAAUAGCAAAGAAGGCUUGGAAGAAAGUGUUCCUAAACUGCUACUGUUUGGAACUAACAUAUAGUUUUAGAACUACAAUUGUUUAUAGAUAACAAAUUAUGUUUUCUGAGUAUGGUUAGAGAGACAGCUCAUGCUUAUCCAUUGAAACUCUUCAUUAAUUUAAGGCAAUUAUGCUUAAAAAAAAAUAAAUACAUUGAUCAGCGAUUCCUUUUAGAUUACUUAUGUUGAAAGUAUGAGCUAGAAUCUUCCACCAUUAAAAAAAGAAAAAACCCUUUUAUUGCCUUUGUAUAGUCAAUUCUGUCUUUCUCAACAUAUAAAGAAUUCCGUAAUUGUUAAAUGCAGUGGUAAUACAUCAUCCUUGGAUAUGUAAGCUACUCUGAUCUUCUGCUUCAGUUUUACAGAAUAUUUCUGCUCUUUAAUAAGGGCUGCAGUAACCUUACAGUUCUAGCUGAGCUCUGCUGUAGUACUCUGGCCUGUUGCAUCUUCCUAAUUCUGAUUGCUCCAUGUACCAUAGAUGGCGCCCUUUCACAUAGUUCAAAAACACAACUUUCCAGAUAGUAUUAAUUUUCAUUAUUGUCAUCCAUUUUGCUUUUAGAAAUUUGCCUUCUGUACAUCACAUAACAUUUACUUGUACUGUUAAUUAUAACCCCCGCCACCACCAUGAAGUGCCGAGACUUGCAACUUCAGAAGAUGAGCAUUGCUAAGUCAGUAAAAGUCUACAAGGAACUGAUCUUUCACUAGGUGUCUGAGUUGAUACAGCUUAAUGCAGUUUAGAUAUCACUAAAGCAGUUGUUUUAGUUAAAAUCUGUUGUGCACUUUGAACAGCAGUAUAUUCCUUGCUCAAGAUCUCUCUGCAAUAGUAAUAUUUGUAUUUGACUUGAACUCAUCAGGAAGGUAGAACUGCUCCUUCCUUCCUCUUAGCUUAUCAUGGAAGGGAACUGCUGAGUUCAAGUAGCCAAUUCAGGUGCUGUCAGCGAUUCUGGUAUGUAGCAUGGAUGCAGCCAAGAUGCCAUAGAGAAGGUCUUACAGUCUACAUGGGCCCUCUUUAUACUACACCUACACUCACUAUGAGUCACUAAUAAACCUACCGGAGACUGGAAGUUUGCCAUAUCUUUGAGUGUGGCUGAUUCCUAAAAGUUACCUGAAGCUGUACUGCUUAGGGAGAAAUAGUGACAUUUUUUUCUUUAUCACGAAGUGCAGAAUGUGUUAUUCAAUGGGGAUUCUCUGCAUUAUGUUUUUUUUUUUUUAUUAUUAUUUUUAAUCUGCAUUUAUUUUCCUUCAUUCCACUCCUGCUUGGCAUUGUUACAGAUUCAAAGUCUUCAAUAGAUGGAACAACUAGAAGAAACAUAUCUGUUUCCGCUGUCGAUUGUAUUAUUAUCUGUAAUUGACAAAUUAACUUGUUUUUUCCACCAAGCUUCCCACCUAAUUUUCACUAAAAUUCUAAAAAAAAUAUAACAGGAAAAAAUUGGUUACAUAGGUUCAUAAUGUGGGACACGAAGAGGAGGCAGACUCCUACAAAGGAAUUUUGAGGAGUGAAAGCCAGCAAUAAACACCCGUGUUGUCCCUUCUGUUAGAGGACUAUGUAGUCAUAUGCACAUUCAAAUGACUUCCAGAGAUUGAACUUGGACUAAAAUUUGUAGGACUGCUGUUUUUUCAGUUGCGUGUGUUACUUUACUUUUGUAUGAUUGUAAGCAGCUGAAGAUGGAGGAGUGUUGGGGAAAGAGGGAAGGUUUGUUCACUAGCACAUGCAAGGCUUUUGCCAGUAAUAACCUUGAGCGGGGCACACAUACCAUUUGCAAAAUGUUUGGAUUUCUGUUCAGUUUUGUGCCAAAGUAUGCACCAGCAAGUUUAAUAUCAGGUAAAGCACCUUUUAUAGUCUUUGUUGUUUAAAAAUAAUUUAUUUGUGAAACAGAUUGAUAAUACAUAACACUGGAAAUGGGUGCUUCUUCCCGAAAGUACACAUGUAAAAAAAAAAAAAAAAAAAAAAAAGAAACAACAUUUGUGUGUUUAUCUGGCUUUUAAGCAAGUCUGAAAAUGAUAACUAUGUAAUACAGUUGCCAGUUGUCUGUCCUUUAUAAUUUUAAAUAGAUCUGCAAUUUAACUUUAUUUAUUUGCCAAUUUUUUUAUACACUUUAAAGUUACACUUCUGAUCUCUAGCUAACUUUUUAUUUUCCUAGGCUGUUACAAAACAGAAUUUCAGUAUUCUUGUAAACUGCAGACCAUUUUUUAAUAGUCCUUUGUCUUUUCCUAUGGACCAGUUACCACUAAGGAGUCUGCAGUCCCCUUUUUACUGUACUCUUCCAAUAAAUGUAAAAUAUCUGUA